AUUAGGUACAAAUUAGCAGUGCUUGAUUGUAAACUCACAAAUUCUGGCUUUAAGCCUUUUUUCUGUGGUUAGAGUUAUUAAGUUGUUCACAACCUGCAGGAUUUUUCAUCAGUAGAAGCAUUUAAUGUUAUUGUGCUUAGUUCAUACCUGCGCUGGUAAACUCUGCUGUGUGUGGGCAAGCCAAUCUAGCUUUUUUUCUUCUCCCUGGAUGCCUUGACCCAGUGGCUACUUGAAGGGCAAUAACUUGCUCAUUUUCCCAGUUGGAAGAAUGUGCCUGGUUAACACCCAGGAGAAACCUGACUUGGCCUCUUCAUUUCUGGUGUUUACUGUACCUGAAAUGUUUUUCCCUGGUGUUAUUUUUGGAGGAAGGUACCUGUCUCCACCCUACAUUAAUGUUGCUUUAUGUGUUUUUGUACCCCUGUGUUACUCUGUGAAGAUUCCCACAGAAGUUUUCCUACAUGGAAACAGUGUUUGAUAGUCCGUCUUCAGUUGGUAUCAUUCUACAUCUCCCAAGUUAUUCUUUUGUCAGGAGAGUGCGGAAGUAUGUUAGCUAGCUCAGUGUUGUUAAUGGAGGUCCAUUGUUAGGGAAUAGAUGAAGCCAGUAUACUGAGCAACAAAUGCACGUGAAGGGCCAGCAGCUUAUGUUCAGUUCUGUCCAGAAUGCAGUGACAGAGAGCCUUCCACGGGUGCCUUCUUGAGACCAUUAAAGGAGCCAAAACACUACAGCACCCAUGUUUCCUUGGAACUCUUCUCGGAGAACUGUGUCUCAGAAUGCCUUAGCUGGACUUGCUCACCAGUUUCUGAAAUUGAGUGCUGAUGUCCAUCCAUGUUCCACUCCCUGGUCUGACAUCUGGCUUCCUACCUGGAGUAGGAACUUUGUUUCAGAUCAAACCUGUAGUUUUCUUUUUCUGCUUAGAAACAGAGCAGACAGCAGAAGAGACGUACUUCUUUCCUGCAUACUUAUCAUACAAUACAAUGCCAGUGGUAAGACUGCAGUAACUGAAGGACUUCUCACAGUUUAUUUAUUUUGUGUGAAUGUGUGUGUAUGCAUGUGUGUGGGCACAUACUUGCAAGAGCACAUUCGUAAAAGUUAGAGGACCAUUUAAGGAGUUCAUUCUCUCUGUCCACAUUAUGGGUCCCAGGAAUUGAACUCAGGUCUGCAGGCUUGAUGGCAGGUGCCUUUACCCAUGGAGACAUCUCACUGGCCCUAAAGGGUUUAUUCUAAUAAAUAAUUCCCUGGCUUUGGUAUUAAGCAAAAUAGAAAGUAGAUGGAUGGCUAAAUGUUAGUACCACUUUUAAUGAUGGGGUGCAGGAAUGCCUUUAUCUAAGAAUUGCUAAAGUCAUACUUACCUUUAAUUCACUUCCUUUCAAGUUACCAUUGGGCAGUAGUGCUUCUUUGCUGGGCAGCUCGCAGUGAGGCAGUCAGCAGUCCUGAGUGGGUGUUAUCCUCCUUAAGUUUUGCCGUGUUACAAUGUUACAUGUUUCAAUGUUACAGUGAAGCCCCGAAUGCACAGAGAGGCAGUACACAGUUUGACCGUAGCUCCCAUGUAAGAUUUAGGUCUACUUUGUUGAUAAUAAACUGAAUAUUGAUGAUAUUUUUAAAAUUAUGUUAGCUCAUUGGCUGAUUCCUAAAGUCAACUAGAGCCUGGUAUCUAGAGUUAACUGCCAUGCUUACUCAGUUUUUAGAGUAGAAUAAACUCAAAAGUCAAGUAGCUUUAUGGAUGUCUUUAAAGAUAGGUACAUGCAACUUUGGUUUUUACUGUGGUAUGUUUGAAAAACGACUAUGUUAUUUAUAUUGUUUUGGAUGUAGCAGGUUAGUAGAUGUAAUGCUACUGCGUUAUGACAUUGUAGACAUUUUAUAGUUCAGAGGCAUUGGGAUUCAGGGGCUCCAUGUCGUUUGUAUCCCACAGAGUGAUGUUUUUCUAGAUUUUAAGUCAGUGAGUGGCUGGGGUUUGAGUCAUGGAUGAUUGACCUGUGCUGUUUCCUAAUAAUGUGAUUGACAGAAAGUGCUGUGAGGAAACCAUUGAGAGCUCCAAGCCUUUGCUGCAUUACUGACUUUGGCCAUGUUGCAAAAUGUACUUGAGGCUUGCUUGCUUGUUUCCCUGGAUAAAAGAAUUAAUUUAUUUACCAGUAGUGGGGUAGCAGCUCCUCAAGUUUGUCAUACAUACGUGGCCCCUAAGACCAGGACAAAGUGAAGAGACCUGUUUGAACUUGGUUAAAGUUAGGGGCUGAGAGAUGGCUCAGUGGCUAGGAGCACCUGCUGCUCUUCUAGAGGAGCUGAAUUUCUUUAACAUUUGUACCCUAGCAGAUAAUAUGUAAUUAAUAACUUGGUUGAAUAAAGAAGUGAAUUGGUAUAUCCUAUGUAGAGUUCUUUACAAUAUUAUCUUUUAAAAAUUGAACUGUAGGAAUUCACUUUUGUGAUUGACUCUCAGUGGUCUUGUUACAGGAAGAUAAUUUUUUGUUAGCAUUUUGAAUGAGAACAUACAUUUUUACAUUGCCUCUAUUCAUCUGUUGUGCUUAGGGACUUGGAGCUGCACAUUUGAUCAUCAUUGACCUGACUCUCACAAGUGAGCUCAGAAUGCACUGGGACUCUGCUUUGUGGCUAAGGCAGUUCAGUAGAGCCCAAAUGCGGGACACACGAUUGUUUGGUUUUAUGGGAAGCGGGUGAUUUCAAGAGAGAGAGCUUCCAGGAAUAAUGACCAUGGUGUUCCUGUGGCUGGGUGGAAUGUGAAUGCACAGGCAGCUGGACUGGGGUCAUCUUAUUUCUGAUCUUAAUACCUUUGGUUAUUGACUCUUUCCCAGAAUGUCUCCCUGCUUACUGUUCCUAUCUCUAUAAGACAUUUUUGUUGAACUUCGUAGGUACUCAUAGAGAACUGUUAUUGAAGAGAAGCCCAUAUGAUAGAAUACGAAAUGGAAAGAAAGAAAGAAAAGAAUGACUGAAGAAGAUAGCACUUCUAAAUGCAAGUGCCAGAAAAAUCACAGCUCAUCUCAGUGAAUUUGCAAGUGGAUUGUCUUCCCUGGGUUGGCAGGCAGUUUUAGGACUGCAGAAUGGGUCUUCGGAUUCACUUUGUUGUUGACCCUCAUGGUUGGUGCUGCAUGGGUUUGAUUGUCUUUGUCUGGUUAUACAAUAUUGUUAUAAUUCCCAAAAUUGUCCUCUUUCCUCACUAUGAAGAAGGACAUAUUCCUGGCAUUUUAAUAAUAAUAUUCUAUGGCAUUUCCAUAUUUUGUCUGGUUGCCUUAGUGAGGGCCUCCCUAACUGAUCCUGGAAGACUCCCUGAAAAUCCCAAGAUCCCACAUGCAGAGCGGGAGCUGUGGGAGCUGUGCAACAAGUGUAACUUGAUGAGGCCGAAGCGCUCCCACCACUGCAGCCGCUGUGGCCACUGCGUGAGGAGGAUGGACCACCACUGUCCCUGGAUAAACAACUGUGUGGGUGAAGACAACCACUGGCUCUUUCUGCAGUUGUGCUUCUACACGGAGCUGCUUACCUGCUACGCCCUGAUGUUCUCGUUCUGCCAUUAUUACUAUUUCCUGCCACUGAAAACACGUAAUUUGGACCUCUUUGUUGUUCGGCAUGAGCUGGCUAUCAUGAGGCUGGCGGCCUUUAUGGGCAUUACUAUGUUAGUGGGAAUCACUGGACUCUUUUAUACACAACUGAUUGGAAUCAUCACAGAUACAACAUCUAUUGAAAAAAUGUCAAACUGUUGUGAAGAAAUAUCGCGGCCCCGAAAGCCAUGGCAGCAGACCUUCUCAGAAGUUUUUGGCACUCGUUGGAAGAUCCUGUGGUUCAUUCCUUUCAGGCAGAGGCAACCACUGAGAGUUCCCUACCACUUUGCCAAUCACGUCUAAACAGAUGGAUGGUGGGCACAGAUGGGUCCUCCAUGCUGGAAAUGCGUUACAGGUUUUAUGAGAAUAGAACUAUGACAGUCUUCAAGUCAAUUAAAAUCCACCCACCAAUCUUAGGCAUCAUAAUGUGCCCCAGGCUUCAUUUUAAUAGUGAUCUUGAUCCUGUUGUGGGGCUAAUACAAGAUCUAUAUUUAAGUUUUAAAAGCAUGUUUACUUUUAAAUUAGCCUUGCACCAGGAUUCUUUAAACGCUUCUGUUACUAGACUCAAAGGCAGUGAUUGGGAUAAAACAAUGGUACAUACAUUUUCUUCAGUACUCGGAAGAUUUUAAAUUCUAGUUUAUAGAAAUUUGAGAUGUUUUAUGUUUACCUUUAAGCAGUACUAACCAAAUUUGAAUUUAAUUCUUCAAGUUUACAAAAGUGGAUACUUGGUUAUGUGUAAAUUUUCUUUUUUUGAAUAUCAGUUAAAUGAUGUUACUACUUGCUUUUGAUGUGCUGCAGGGUUUUUACAGUGCAGUGAGCAGCAAGGCACAGUGGCUGCCUGGGAGCAGCUCUCGGAUGCUCCUCUUUCCUCCUCAGCAGUCACAGACGACACCACGGGUGUAGCGCACCAACUACUACCUUACUGUAAAGGAGAGAUGCUUUUCUCUUCUGCAGCAGUCAUUGACUGCUAAUAGAAUAUCUGCUCCCAGGAGACAUUUGUGACCAGUCAGGCAUAUAUUCCUGUUUUACCCUAAGAUUCUAAUGACUGAAGAGGGUAGGAAGUUUGCAAUAAUUCCAGUUACUUCUUCAAGUGCAGUUAUAUUAAAAAGCAGAUGUUUUAAAUGCUCAACUGGAUGGUGUGUAAUGUACAGUGUAAAGAGGAAAACUGCUUUUAAAGUAUGUAUACUUUUAUUUAUCUGCCACUAGAUCUCACUGUGCACAUUGAAGGUUUAUAUAUGUAGAAUAGAUGCUGCUCAACUUAUAUCAAAGUUUAAAGUAGGUCACAAAAUUCAUAUACCAGUAAUCACCCCAGUUAAAAUUGAAUUUGCAUUGGCGAGUUCUAAUUUGUAUCACUCCAGAGACCUUUUAUUAAUGUCAGGAUAUUAUUGUAAAAUAGGAUAAUCUACGGUAGUGAUGGUCCCUUAACAACAUGGGUCUAUUGUAUGCAAAGACAUUUCAUAUGAGUUAAUUUCUUUUCAUUUAGAAUACUGAAGAUGUAUAUGUUUUGUGUGCUUGGUGAUCUUUUCCCUGAAAAGAAAUUGAACAAAUCUACCAUUCUUGAACCAUAUACAUACUUUUCUUAUAAGAGUUGUAAAGUAAGGAAUCAUAGCUGGGAAAUACUGUGGCUAGUUCUUUCAGAUACUGUAAAUGUCUUAUAAAAUAUCCUGAGUAGAAUAAUCUCUUUGCAGAAAUAUUAAUACCAUAUUUUCAUGUUCUAAUAAUUAUGUUUAUUAUUUAAAACUUAGAAGUGGCAGAUGGAAAUAUUUAUUGGUGCUAAGACAUAUAGCAAGUUUAAUAUAAGAAACAUUUAUAAAGGUUAGGAAACCUAAAAUUAGUAUGUUUUAGUCUAGGCAGAGGGGUUGGAGUUUAUGUGAGCUGAUUGACUAAAUUGGCUGGCGACAGUUACUAAGGGAGUGGUGUAUAUCUAAUGUGGGGAGGUAGGCGUCGAAUGCCUGCCUUCAGCUGUGUAUGUUCAGUUCACUCAAGACGUGGAGCGUCCACAGCAGAGCCAAGUGCAGGCCCAGUGUGGAGCUCCGUAACUGCGUGUACUUCUGGAGCAGAGUGGCUCUGGCACAGAGGCAAUGGGCAGGGAUAGCCACUUCCCCGUGUGGAGGUCUGUGGAUUUGGUUUGCUCGCAUUUACCACUUCUGGGCACAUCAUCUUCCCUUUCUCUUUGCUCUCCCUGUCCUGACCCCUCUCUGCAGAAUUUCCUAAGUAGUCAUUGGACUUAAUGCACAGUUUGACCUACAGAAAUGCUAUUAUUGAUGUAUUUAUAAGAAUCUAUAUUGCAGUGUAUCUAUAUAUACUCACACAGUAUUGUCCAAUGUAUGUGUCUGGCCCCACAAGGGGUUUGCAAUCUAUUUAGAUUCCUAGAGAAAAGCCUGUUGGCCAUUUCCUAGGGAUUAAGCUCCUAUGUUCUUUCUGCGCCCUCUUUUGGCUAAUUGAUGUAAUUAUUCUGGCUCUAGAGGCUUUUACUAUCCUGUUAGUGGGUUGUAUCGCCAAUCUAGGAACAUGCCAGAGGUGUACACUUAUCGGAACAUAUGUAUAAAAGUGUAAAGUUUUAUAAACAUUGAAAAUGGAUGUGUUACUGUUGGCGAUGUUCCUUCUAGGUGAAGUGCUCAGCUGUAUGUAUGUAUAUUCUUGUAUACUUUUUACUGUCGCUCACAAGUUUAGAUUAGGGUAAGCUAGUUCUUGAUUUUACUUUAAACCUUUUUGUGGCAACUUAUUUUGUUAGCAUUAUAAAACUUACUUAAAAUACUAUUUUAUUAAAAGACGAAACAUUUA